AAUGAAAUUGCAAUAUUUUUUUUUUUUUUUUUUGAAAAUCAAAGUUUUUCAUCCAUCAAAUCUUUCAAAUAAUGAUGUAUUUUAUCGAACAAUUUAGGCAAUAUUCGAACACAUAAUGGAUAAUUCUUUUUUGAUUUGAUCAAAUUUGAUCAAAAUCAAAUGAAUCUAGUUUGUGUAUGUUUGUGUGUGUGUGAUAUCGUGUCAAUCCAAUUCCACAUCUAGUCUCUCUACAUAUUCUGCUCAACAUAUAUAGUUGUUUAUUCAUUUUUUUUUAUAUAUCUCUCUUCAUGACCAUCAUUUAUGAAAAAUAACAUUUUUUUCUCAAUUCGAUUUAUUGUGGUGUCUUGUGUGUUCAUCAUAUAAUUUUUAUUUUUACCCAAUGUAUUUUGUUUAUUUUUUUUCGUUUGUUUAUAUAUUCUUCUAAUGGGCUAAUAUAUUGUCCUAAUGGUUGUUGAACGAAUAAAUCGAUUUGUUUUUUGUUUUCGUUGUUUCAGUAUCGAUACUGUCAAUCGAUAUUUUAUUUGGCUAAAAUAAAUCAUCACAUUAUUAUUGACUUUUAUCUUCUUUUUUUGAUAUUUUCUAUACAUGAUGAUGAUAUAUCAUGAUGUUGAUAAAGAAACUGAUCUAAUCUGAUUCACGAUUCUCACAUUUCUUUUUUGAAAAAAAAUUUCUUUAUUUCUUUUGCCAAUAAAUUUUCAGACAUCAAUAAUCCAAUUUACCCACACAUACACAUGCAUAUACACACAAAAUAUAUAUAUUUGAACUAUAAAAUAACGCCUUUUUUACCAGGGAUUUCAAAUUUCAAACCAGCAUUAAGUGCCAAAUUAUUAAUUGAUUAGUGUUCUUAGAGUAAUAAUAAGUAAACGUGAUUUUUUACCUUUCACUCGUUAAUUCAUCCAUCAAUCAACUGAUCGAUACGUACAACACCAAAAAAAAUGGCUAUCGUGUCGACAUCAACAAAUCCAACAUGGAGAAAAUCAUUAGUACAACAGCUACAAGAACAACAACGAAAAUCGAAUGAACCAUUUGAAUCUGUGAUACAAACAUGUGUUAGCUUAUUUGAAAAGAUUGAUUCAUUGCAACGAGAGAAAUCAAAUUCAACAAAUUGUGAUACUACAGCAAUCAAUCCAACAUCAAACACAGCAUCAUCGUCAUCAUCAUCAACAGUCAAUUCAGCAUUGAAUGAUCGAAUCACAGCUCUACAGAAUGAAUUGAAAGAAUGUCAGAAAUGUAUGAUGGAAAAAGAUUCAACUAUAAUCGAAUUGAAUUCAAAGAUUACUUGUUUGAUGAAAGAGAAAAAUGAUUUAAAAUCUAAACAAAGUGAUUUAAAAAUAAGUCUAGAUUGUAUGACGGAUAAAUGUCGUGCAUUUGAGGAGGUUAUUAAAAAUUUGAAAGAACAGAAUACCUGUCUUAUCGAUGAACAUACAGCAUUACAGAUGCUGUAUGAUAGUUCAAAGAAAAAAUUUGAUGAAAUUAAUCAACAAUAUAAUGAUCUUAUUGCUCGUGUGAUGGAAUCUAAAGCUAAAGAUGCCGAAUUUAUGAAUGAAGAAAAUGAAAAAAUGAUACGCAUACAACAGGAAAAGGUCCGUAAACAAUUGGAAGAUGAAGCUGGCAGAAUGACUGUCAAUUCGAAUGUAGAAAAAGAUUCGGUAAAUUUGAUUGAAAAUCCGGUUUUAUCAUUAAUACCGGAACGGCCACGAAUACAUUUUGAACCUCAUAACGAGAUAUAUGCUUUGAAAUUUGACAAAAAAACUCAUUAUCUAAGUAGUGGUGGUGGUGAUCGUAAAGUAAAAAUAUGGAAUUUCGAUGAUAUCAAAAUCAAUCUGAUUCAAGUAUUGAGCGGUAGUAAUGCAUCGGUCACAUCGAUCGAUAUAUUUGAAGAAUAUUUAGUGGCCUCGUCUAGCGACCAUGCUAGUCGUGUUUGGACAUUGAGUGAUUAUCGUGUACGGCGUACAUUGACCGGCCAUUCAAAUAAAGUAAUGUCAGUGAAAUUCAUGUCAGUAAACAAUAAAGUGGUUUCAGGUAGUUUUGAUAAAACGGUAAAAAUCUGGGACCUAAAUCGUAAUGCUUGUAUGAGAACAUUAUUCGCCGGUUCAUCCUGUACUGAUGUCGCCAAUCGUGAUGAGAAUUUUUUUGCCAGCAGUCACAUUGAUAAAAGGAUUCGUUUCUGGGAUUCACGAAUGGAAACAUCGUCAACCGAAAUCCUAUUACAAGGAAAAAUUACAUCAUUAGAUGUGACAAAUAGUGGUCAUCAUCUUGUUGCCGCAAUACGUAAUGACAGAUUAACUUGUUUAGAUCUACGUAUGAAUGAAUUGAUACAGGAUUAUACCGCUGAUUCAUUUACGAUUGGUUGUGAUUGGACAAGACUACGUCUAAGUCCAGAUGAUCAAUACGUUUCUUGUGGUGGCAAUGAUGGUCAGAUAUUUUUCUGGGAUUUUAAAACCGGAAAACUUUUGAAAACACUAUCCACUGAUCAACAUAUCGGUACUAUUGUUUCAGUUGAAUGGCAUCCAACAGGCAAUUUAUUUGCCAGUGCUGAUCGUAAUAAAAAUAUUGUCAUUUGGUCAUAAAACAUGUGAUGAAUGAACUGAUUUAUUUUCAAAUUCCAGUAAAACAAAUUUAUAAAUUGUCAACUUGUUCAUCAUCAUCAUCAUCAUUAUGU